AUGGAAACAACACCUUUUAUCCCAGACGAUUUGGGCCGGAUGAACUUCAAUCGUUAUAUAGCUCCAAGUCGCGGUGAGGGACAUGAGGACGACCGUCCUCCACGAGACAGGCAGUCUUCGAGAGGUUCGUACGCAGACGAAGAUGACGGCCGAGACUGGGAAUGGGAUUUCCCUGAGCCUCAACCACACCGCAGCCGCCGACGAAACACAUACGCGAACGACGAUGAUCGUGGUGACGAGUAUGAGGACGAUCCGGCGCCUCCCCCACCCCGCGGUCGCCGAAGACACUCGUGUGCGAACGAGUUUGAUCUCGAUGACGGUUAUGAGGACGAUCUAGAGCCUUCUUCACAUGGCAGCCGCAGAAGACAUUCGUAUAUGAGCGGUUAUGAUCGCGGUAACAGGUAUUGGGGCUCUCCGGAGCGUCCUCGAUACGGUGACCCCUCGAGAGGCACAUACGCAAGAGACUAUGAUCAUGGAUCUUCCUAUGCAAGCAGCAGUAACGGAAGGGUCAGGGACUGGGGUGAUUUUGAGCCGGCCAGAACGUGUUCUUACGCAUUCAACCGGCAAGGUAGCGACAGCUACAGGGACGCUCCUGUACCCCCGUGGGCUACCAAUCAUCCCUCGUGGGCCAACCACCCCUCGCAACGCAGGCGAUUGGGCGCUAGACCAGGCUCGAGCACGAUUUGUGGCCUGGUUCGCUCCUUCCUCAAUUACACAAUGACCUGA